AUGCCCAACGACGUACUCGAGAACCAAGACGACGAUUCAACUGAAGUCGAGAUUAAGAUCGGAGACAAUAAACCAGACGUAAUUGAAAUUGAUGUUCCGAGCAAUACUGUGGUCGUUGUUAAUUUCCAAGACGAUGAUGCAACUGAGCCUACGCCCGAACCCGUGGCCGGGCGACAGAGACGUUUGAUUGGAUGGCCGGACAAUGGAUUUGCAGGAACCGUGGAACGAGAGACCACUUUGCCUCUUGAUACACCAGAGGACCUUGUUGUAAUUGGCGAGGGGAGGAAGCGAAAGGCAAACAUUCCACUUGCCGUUCACAUGUAG